AUGGUCUCCUCCUUGCUCGGCGAUUCCCCGCUUAAGGUCGACGCGAUCCCCACCAGCGAGAAUAGCUUUGUUCCAUAUGCAAGGCCAAGCGGCGGCACAUGUGACUUGAAUUACAACAACUCGAGUAACUUCUUUCCAGAAGCGGGUCGAGCUUCGAUGGACGCAGGGUGCAGCAUAGUCAACAUUCUUCAUCAUCAAACUGUCAAUCCUUCAGGGAUCCAGGUCGGCAGUCGGGACAGCACCGGCGUUUCAUUGCAGCCAGAGAAUCCCAAGCCUCCACAAGACACCACGCCUUACCUAGGGGAGCCCUUUGGCGACACAUUCUUUACACCCGAUGAUUUGGGCGCGACUGGCUUUGCCCAUCACCAAGGCGCGCCAAUCGGUGCAUACUCUGAUAUGAUCGGAGCCGAGAGCGAAGAUGAAUUCCAACUUUCUCAUGACACCAUGGUUGAGCUGGCAGAUUUAAAUGACUUUUGGUUCAAGCAAGACGGAAAGGAAUUUCGUUGUAACAUAUGUGAAACGACCCUUCCAAGACUUGAUAAUCUCAAACGCCAUCUGAGAAAGGCUAGGAAGUGUAAGACAGCAUGGGAGCGUCUGGACGAAGCUGCAAAGAGGAGUAUCUUGUGCACAAUCUUUUUAGGAAUAGGUGAUCGGUCGAGGGGAAGACGGAUACUGGUGACAUAGUAUUGCCUCGAUGGACUUUUUCGGGAGGUAAAGGGAUGCGAUGCAGAGUUUGAGUGGUGAUAGAUCGUGAAGCGAGGUGGAGAAUUAAAGUAAGCUUGAACUGUGAC